AUGGUGCUUUACAUUGUUGGACUAGGUCUUGGUGACGAGCAGGACGUCACGCUUCGCGGGCUGAACGUCAUUAAAACAGCGCACAAGGUCUUUCUUGAGAAUUACACGUCAAUUCUAGGUGUGAAACUUGACAAACUGGAAGCAUUUUACGGCCGAGAAGUCCUCUUGGCUGACCGAGAUUGUGUCGAAACGGGUGCAGAUCAGAUCUUUGCGGAUGCAAAAGAUCGAGACGUCGCUUUUCUCGUAGUGGGCGAUCCCCUUUGCGCGACGACGCAUUCGGACCUCAUUCUACGUGCCAAAGAGCUGGAGAUCCAUGUUGAAGUGAUCCACAAUGCCUCCGUCAUGGGUGCAGCUGGGGCUUGUGGUCUCCAGCUCUACUCCUUUGGACAGACAGUAUCGAUUCCGUUUUUCCGGGAUGAGUGGCGUCCCGACAGCUUUUACGAAAAGAUUCAGUAUAAUCGUAGAGGCGGUAUGCACACACUUUGUCUGCUGGAUAUCAAGGUGAAAGAACCGGACUUUGAAGCCAUGUGCCGAGGACGCACUGUGUUUCUGCCGCCUCGUUUUAUGACGGUGAACCAAGCGCUCGAGCAGCUCCUUGAGAUUGAAGAAAAGCGGCAAGAGGGAGCUUAUGCGAAAGACACAAUGUGUGUGGGUAUGGCUCGGCUCGGUCAGAAAGACCAGACGAUUCUUGCUGGGACCAUGGAGGAGCUCUUGCAUGCUGACUUUGGCGCUCCUUUGCACUGCCUUGCGAUCACAGGCGAAGUGCACCCGCUUGAGGAAGAGAUGCUCAAGCAGUUCCUUGUACAACAAUAG